AUGCUAGAUCGGAGAGACAAUAUCGAGCCAUGUCAUACAAAUACCUGCCAAUGGAUUUUGGAAUUGGAAAAGUACCAGUCUUGGAGGAGCCAGUCCCGUGGCUUACUAUGGAUUAAGGGCAAGCCGGGUGCGGGCAAAUCGACACUGAUGGUGUUCCUGCACGACAGACUCAAGAGAUUACAGGACAGCAGUCAGGGUAUUCGGCUUGACUUCUUUUUCACCGCUCGGGGCACGGAGAUGCAACGAACACCGCUCGGGAUGCUCAGAUCGUUGCUGAACCAGAUCUUUAUCCUCGACGAGACCGUGCGCCCUCAGGUGCGCGAGACCUAUGAACAACGAUGUAAGCAGUUUGGAUAUGGUGAACGUAAGUGGGAAUGGCCACGAGUGGUGCUAGAAGAGUUACUGGCAGGUGCGAUCGUGGCAUCCGCCAGUCGACAGCAAGUGACGGUUUUUGUCGAUGCACUGGAUGAGGCUGGGACUGAGUCUGCUCAACAGCUAGCAGCAUAUUUCCAUCGACUUAUUGAUCGCGCAGAAAAAAAGAACGCGGCAGUAAAAAUUUGUAUCUCAUGUCGACACUAUCCCAUCAUGGAAAGUGCCCGGGCUAUAGAGAUAUAUGUCGAAGACCAUAAUCGUGCAGAUAUCGCCACAUAUAUCAAGGACAUCCUUGCUGACACAGAGGUCGGAGACAGUCCUAGUGAUGCGGCGGGGGAGGUGCUAGUGGAAAAUCUGAUCCAGCAAACCAAUGGUGUGUUCCAAUGGGCUCAUCUCAUAAUGCCUCUUAUUAGGCAGAGGAUUUUCGAAGGUGAAUCGUUUGACGACAUCCGUUGCUGGUUACACGAGGUCCCAGCCGGCCUGGAAGACGUGUAUAUGUACAUUCUAAACAACGUGAUAGAAGCAAGGAAUCGGGAUCAGUCGUUCAUGUUGUUUCAAUGGGUGUCCCUGGCCGAGCGACGACUCACUGUGACAGAAAUGCGGUAUGCCUUGGCUGCUAAGAAUGCCCAAAUAACGCCUUCCCCACAAAAAUGGGAGAAGAUCCACGGUUUUAUCGAAAGCGAUGCACGCAUGAAGCGAAGAAUCAAGGCUCUAUCUGGUGGGCUAGCCGAAGUAGUCUCAAGCAGUGAUGACCGAGAGACUGUACAAGUGGUACACCAGUCGGUCAAUGAUUUCUUGCGUGCGAAAGGACUGGGGCUUUUGAGUCAUCAUAUCGGUGCCAACACGUCACCUAUGGAUGGCGAGGAGAUUCUAUUCCAAUGCCAGGCAACUCUCUACAGAUCAUGUCUGGUUUAUCUAGCCAGAGUACACAUGCCUCGAGAAAUUUUACAUAAUCUUCAGAUGAAAAAUAACUUCAUCCAGAGUUGCCCAUUGGUUAUUUACGCCACUGUCAACCUCUUCAUUCAUGCGGAAAAAGCUGCCGGGCGUCGAGCGAACGUGCUGCGGAAUGAACAAGUUAUCCUACAGCAAGUGAUACAUCGAUGGGUCCAGAUUUACCAGAUGCUAGAUCGGUAUGAUACAGCAUGCCCACCGACAGGCACAACACUCUUACAUAUGGCUGCAGCUGCCAAUCUGGUUGACGUCAUAGAAUCAGCGGUGUCGAAUGGUGAAGAUGUCGCGAAGGAAGACGGAAUUGGAAAUACAGCUUUCCAUUUAGCAGCUCGACGAGGUCAUAUAAGAGCGGGCAAAAUACUCUGGAGCAAGGGAGUCGACCGCGAGGCAAAAAAUGAAAAGGGAAUAACACCAUUAAUCGAAGCGGCCGGAUGCGGGAAUGUGAAAUUUGUCGAAUGGCUCCUGCAUGAAGGAGCCAAGCUUGAAACAACAAGGCAUAGGAGUGGAGGUGCGCUACAGCUAGCUUCAUUGGGAGGUCAUCAGAGUGUGGUGAAACCAUUGCUUGCGGCCGGUGCCGAUGUCAAUGCCCAGGGUGGUGAAUACGGCAAUGCCCUACAGGCCGCUGCAUAUAAUGGACACACUAAAAUAGUGCUCAUUCUCCUUGAUGCUCACGCCGAUAUCAACGCCCAGGGUGGUCAGUACGGCACUGCCCUACAGGCCGCUGCAUGUAUGGGACGCACCAAGAUAGUGCGGAUUCUCCUUGAUGCUCAUGCCAAUAUCAAUGCCCAAGAUGGUAAAUUUGGCAACGCCCUACAGGUCGCUGCAUGUAUGGGACGCACCGAGAUAGUGCGGAUGCUGCUCGACGCUCAUGCCGAUGUCAAUGCCCAGGGUGGUAAAUUCGGCAAUGCCCUACAGGCCGCUGCGUUAAGAGGAAGCACUGAGAUAGUGCGGCUGCUGCUCGACGCUCACGCCGAUAUCAAUGCUCAGGGUGGUGAAUUCGGCAACGCCUUACAGGCCGCUGCAUGUAUGGGACGCACCAAGAUAGUGCGGAUUCUCCUUGAUGCUCACGCCGAUAUCAAUGCCCAGGGUGGUCGAUUCGGCAACGCUCUACAGGCCGCUGCAUGUAAUGGAUACACUGAGAUAGUGCGGAUGCUGCUCGACGCUCACGCCGAUGUCAAUGCCCAAGGUGGUGGAUCCGGCAACGCCCUACAGGCCGCUGCAUGUAAUGGACACACUAAGAUAGUGCGCAUUCUCCUUGAUGCUCACGCCGAUAUCAACGCCCAGGGUGGUCAGUACGGCACUGCCCUACAGGCCGCUGCAUGUAUGGGACGCACCAAGAUAGUGCGGAUUCUCCUUGAUGCUCACGCCGAUAUCAACGCCCAGGGUGGUCAGUACGGCACUGCCCUACAGGCCGCUGCAUCUACGGGACACACUGAGAUAGCACGGUUGCUACUCGACGCUCACGCCGAUAUCAAUGCUCAGGGUGGUCAAUUUGGUAACGCCCUAUAG